CUGUAGAUAUCUUCGCAAACUAAACUAAUCUCCACCGUCCAAAUUCUUGUACGAUAAAACCCACUUCUGACUCCAAAAGCAAGCAACCUCUUCGAACACGAAUUCGUCUCCACGCACCCUUUCUCUGACCCGUUCUCGCUCUCUAGGGUUCCAUCGUUGAUCGAUUGAUCAUCGAAGAUGUUUGGGAGAGCACCGAAGAAGAGCGACAACACAAAGUACUAUGAAGUUCUUGGUGUUUCGAAGACCGCAUCGCAGGAUGAUCUGAAGAAGGCGUAUCGAAAAGCUGCUAUCAAGAACCACCCUGAUAAGGGUGGGGAUCCUGAGAAGUUUAAAGAGCUGGCCCAGGCUUAUGAGGUUCUGAGUGACCCAGAGAAGCGUGAGAUUUAUGAUCAAUAUGGUGAAGAUGCUCUCAAGGAAGGAAUGGGUGGAGGAGGAGGUGGACAUGACCCGUUUGAUAUCUUCCAAUCCUUCUUUGGUGGCAGCCCAUUUGGUGGUGGUGGUGGAAGCAGCAGAGGCCGUAGGCAAAGAAGGGGAGAGGAUGUGAUUCAUCCCCUCAAGGUUUCCCUGGAGGAUCUGUACAAUGGAACAGCCAAGAAGCUAUCCCUGUCACGCAAUGUAAUAUGCUCUAAGUGCAAGGGUAAAGGAUCCAAGUCAGGUGCUUCCAUGAAAUGUGCUGGGUGUCAAGGGUCUGGAAUGAAAGUUUCUAUUAGACAUCUUGGCCCAUCUAUGAUUCAGCAGAUGCAGCAUCCUUGUAAUGAGUGUAAAGGUACUGGUGAAACCAUCAAUGACAAGGAUCGUUGCCCACAGUGCAAGGGUGACAAGGUUGUUGGAGAGAAGAAAGUGUUGGAAGUAGUUGUGGAGAAGGGAAUGCAAAAUGGACAGAGAAUCACAUUCCCGGGAGAAGCUGAUGAAGCGCCUGACACGGUUACAGGGGAUAUAGUCUUUGUUCUACAACAGAAAGAGCACCCUAAGUUCAAGCGUAAGGGUGAUGAUAUAUUUGUUGAACACACCUUGACACUAACCGAGGCACUCUGUGGCUUCCAGUUUAUUAUAACCCAUCUUGAUAACAGGCAGCUCCUAAUUAAAUCCCAACCUGGAGAAGUAGUCAAGCCUGACCAAUUCAAGGCAAUAAAUGAUGAGGGAAUGCCAAUUUACCAGAGGCCCUUCAUGAAAGGGAAGUUCUAUAUUCACUUCACUGUGGAUUUCCCAGAGUCCCUUGCACCGGAGCAGUGCAAGGCUCUGGAAGCUGUGCUGCCCCCAAGGCCUUCAAUGCAGGUGAGUGAGAUGGAGUUGGAUGAAUGUGAGGAGACUACACUGCAUGAUGUUAACAUUGAGGACGAGAUGCGUCGGAAGCAGCAACAGGCCCAAGAGGCAUACGAUGAGGAUGAUGAUAUGCAUGGUGGUGGUGCCCAGAGGGUGCAGUGUGCGCAGCAAUGAUUGCUUCAUGACAAAUUAUUGUUUGGGAAUUACUGGUCCUGCAUUAUUACAUAUCAAAAAUGAAAAAAAGAAAGAGAAACUGAAUCAGGGAAGAGGUUGGAGGUCAGAGUUCUGCUUGUUUCAUACGGUUCUCUUGACAGUAACAUUAUUUGGAAUUGUCUGUUAUAGGUUUUAGAAUGUUUAGUUAUUGUUUUUGAAAUUUUCUUAUGUGACAACUAGACCAGUUGCAGUACAACAUUGAAAAAAUUAUUGUUAUUGGCUGUGGGUAGCGCUGUUGUGCGUUCACAUGAAUUAUAUAUCAGUCCCUUUCUUCACU